GUUAAAAUCUGAUAUUGAUUUUGCACGUGAUAGCUUGAAACAAGCUUGAUUAUUGUAGUUGUCAGAGGAGACAGCGUUGGCACACUGAAGGAUUAAAGUAUUGUAACAGCAAGGUAGUAUUCUUAUGAGAACUCACUGAGAGUGUUCCUGCGAUCUUCAGUCAUGGCUAGUCCAGAUGAUUUAAAAUUUCAGGAGUUUGAGGACGCCACAGAUCUACUGUCCUUAAAUCCUGGAGCCUCGACCCUCAGCAUCCCUAGUGCAACAGCUUCCUCUGGAGACAUCAAACUUGAUCUGUCAGAUAACGAGGACCAUCAACAAGAGCGCUCAGAGUUGCUUGGAGGUGAAAAACAAACCAGUGGUUUUUGGACAUUUGAAUACUAUCAGUCGUUCUUCAAUGUAGAUACAAUGCAGGUGCUUGAUAGGAUAAAAGGCUCCGUUAUGCCUUUGCCAGGACGAAACUUUGUCAAACACCACAUUCGAAGUAACCCCGAUUUAUAUGGUCCAUUUUGGAUCUGUGUAACUCUAGUGUUCUCUAUGGUGAUCAGUGGGAACCUCUCCACCUUUCUGAGUAAGAUGGGAAAUGCAGAGUAUCACUACAGACCUCAAUUCCACAGAGUCUCAAUCGCAGCCGUUGUCGUGUUCCUUUAUGCAUGGCUUGUACCUCUAGGAGUUUGGGGCUUUCUAACAUGGCGUCAGAGUGUCGAGAGACAGACCAAUGCUUAUACAUUUUUAGAGACCGUGUGUGUCUAUGGUUACUCUCUCUUCAUUUAUAUCCCUACUACGAUAUUAUGGACCAUUCCUUUCAACUGGCUCCAGUGGCUAUUGAUUGUUGUCGCUAUGGUGAUCUCUGGAUCAGUGUUGGUCAUCACUUUCUGGCCGACUGUUCGUGAUGACACCAAACUAACGGCUUUUGCAACCAUGGCAAUUAUAGUGUUGCUUCAUGCCCUUCUGGCUGUUGGCUGUAAGCUCUACUUCUUCCAAACGGCAAUACACACAGGAUCAUCAUCAGACUCUGUACAGCAGACGACUCAAGCCUCUAAUCACACAGCACAUACCAUGGCAAAACCUCAAUGACCAACCCAAUGGGAGCAUAGUCCUUGGAUUUAAGGAGCAUGGAAAGAUAGAAAAUGUAUAGUAAUUUUGAUAACUGAGCAAUGAAGGAGAUCUGAAAUGUACUAGCACUUGACAAAGGCAUUCCCAGCAAACGGAUCUACAGUGUUUCCAUUCUGUAAAUAAUCUAGCAGACGAAAUAACCACUUACAGAUCACUAAGACUUCAGCUUUGAUUUUGUAAUGUUUUUCUUAUCAUAAAAUUACUCUCCUGAUAUUGGUUUCCUAAUGUGUUAUGGUCAUUUAUGUCAAUUUUUAACCUUUAAGUCUAAAAGUUUCAUUGGGUUUCUCCAAUCUUUUGUGAUUCCUUUUGUUUUUCAAUCAAAACUGAGUCAAUUGAAAUGGCGAUCAGCAAUUACUGUGAAUUGUGAUUUGCAAGGUUUGCCUUAUAAUCCCUGACUGCUCUGCUUUCCUUUUAAAGGAUUCUCUGCUCUCAUUAUUCUGUAAAUUGAGAGAGGAAGCACCUGUAUUAAGUCAUUAUUUAUUUUGUUUUCCUUUUUUGUUCUGGUGAGUUUUCUGUAUUGACGGUGUAUUAAAUUAAUUCUUGUCAGGGUAAACCUUUUCAUUUUGAGUUUUUUUGGUACAAUGAUCUAUACUUCCACAUUUACUUCUUUGAGGGUGAUAAUUCUGAAGAGGUUUGUUUUGCCCUACUAACCACAUUUUAUAUAUAUAUAUAUAUAUAUAUACACACAUACAUACACACACAGCUGGCCAAAAGUUUGCAAGGAAGGUUGAAGGAAAUUUACUUAAAUACUUUAAGAAUGCCACUUUGGUGAAUUAAAUUGCCUUUCAACUGAUCACAAAUAUAGUCAGGACAUUACUGAUGUAAAAAAGUAAUUUUUGAUGAAAUCUAGACAGGCCCCAUUUCCAGCAGCCAUCAGUCCAACACAUUAUCAUAAGCGAUCAUGCUAAAUUGCUCAUUUGUUACUAGAAAAUCACUUGCUAUCAUAUCAAACACAGCUGAAAGCUAUCUGGUUCGUUUAAUUAAGCUUAACAUAGUGUUUGUUUUUGAGUUGCCGCAGUAUGCAACAGGCAUGUCUUCAGCUCGAUAUUAGGUAAAAAAAAAAAAAAAAGGAAAAAAGAAACAGAUUUCUCUAGAAACUCGUCAAUCAUUGUUUUUGAGCCAAUAUUUCAUACAAAGGUUUACACUACAGUCUUCAAAGACAAAGGACAACUGUCUCUAAGAAGGACAGAAGAGAUGUGGAAGGCCAGAUGUACAACUAAACAAGAGAAGUACAUCAGAGUCUGUAGUUUGACAAAUAGACACCUCACAUGUCCUCAGCUGACAGCUUGAUUGAAUUCUACCCGCUCAACACCAGUUUCAUGUACAACAGUACAGAGAAGACUUUGGGGUGCAGGCCUCAUGGGAAGAAUUGUAAAGAAAAAGCAACUUUUGAAACACAGAAACAAAGAAAAGGUUAGAGUGGGCAAAGAACUUGGACAACAGAUAAUUGGAAAAGAGUGUUAUGGAUCUUAACCCCAUUGAGCUUUUGUGGGAUUAGCUGGACUCUAAGGUGCGUGAGAACUGCCUGGCAAGUGCUACAGGAAGUGUGGGGUGAAAUGUUUGUCCAGAGUGUCUGGACAAACUGACAGCUUGAAUGCCAAGGAUCUGCAAAAUUGUCACUGCUGCAUGUGGAGGAUUUUUUAAAGAGAAAUCUUUGUAGUUUAAGAAGUUCUGAAAAUUAUUUUCAAAUUCUAAUAGUAAUUUUUCACAUUAUUAAAUGUCCUAACUAUACAUUGUGAUCAGCUGAAUGCCACGUUGGUGAAUAAAAGUACCAAUUUCUAUCCAUAAGUACAAAUCUGUACACUAUACCAAACUUCUGGUCACCAGUGAGUGUGUGCAUAUAUUAUAAACAGUAUAUAUGGAAUAGCUCACCAAAAAGUUCUGUCACCCUCAUUCCACCAAUUCAUACCUGUAUAACUUUUUCACACAAGGAAAAAU